UCAAGGCUAUAAAUGUAAGCCAGCUACCUCGGGACAACACGCUCUUUGUACACUCCGCCAUCUUUCCCAUCUCUCUCUCGAGCAGAUCUCUCUCGUGAACAACGACAAUGGCGACCACUUUCAGCGCCUCGGUCUCCAUGCAAGCCACUUCUCUGGCAACACCAUCAAGGAUUAGUUUCCAGAAGCCUGCUUUGGUAAGAACUAAUCUCUCCUUCAACCCACGUCGUUCAAUCCCCACUCGCCUCUCAGUCUCUUGCGCAGCCAAACCAGAGACAGUAGCGAAAGUGUCUGAGAUUGUCAAGAAGCAACUAUCACUCAAAGAAGAUCAAAAAGUCGUUGCGGAAACCAAGUUUGCUGAUCUUGGAGCAGAUUCUCUCGACACGGUUGAGAUAGUGAUGGGUUUAGAGGAAGCGUUUGAUAUCGAAAUGGCGGAAGAGAAAGCACAGAAGAUUGCAACUGUGGAGCAAGCUGCUGAACUCAUUGAAGAGCUCGUGGGACUGAAGAAGUAAUUUAGUAUAAUAGCCACCUCUCAAUGAAAGUUAAAACCAUAAGGCUUUGUGUUUGUUGUCUUCAUAUUUUUUCUGUCGUUUUCUUUUAAUGUCUCAAGAAUCUUCUACUUUGUCCUUGUCCUAGUUGUUUUAGUAGUGUCUGUAUCCACGCAUUGCUAUUCUUCUCCUGAAACUUUUGGUGUUUGGAAAUUUCAGAAUAACAUUGAAUGAAAAUCUCAUUUACAUAUGAAA